GUUCCUCAGCACUCGUUUUCACUAAGGUCUUUAAUGGGGUUCAUGAAAACCAGACACACAAACAAGACCACAAGAAAGAGCAUGUGCACUUUUUAAAUGUAUACCUUCUAGCUGGGGGUCUGGUUACUUCUCUAGGAUGGUGUGAGUGCAUCUUCUGGUUCAAUAGAACUGUGGGCUUCGAUGAUUAUUGGACUUAUUGUUGGUAUGAUAUCAUCAGUUGUUUCAUGGUCUGUACAGAAAUACCAACCUUUAUGGACCAGUAUGGGAAUGCAUGAUAUCACUUAUAUUCAUGGUGUUCCGGGCAUCCUCGGGGCAGUAACAGCUGGUCUGUUCACAAAAUCCUCAAAGGAUGUAGCAAGUGAAAAUGGUGCUUUCUAUUCCAAUGGUGCUCAACUGGGUGUUCAGUUGUUGGGUGUAGUCGUUACAACCACGUGGUCUGUACUAUGGACUUACUUGUUGAUUUGGCUCAUAAGAAUAACAGUCGGACUGAACUCAGGUAACACAAACAAAAUGUUUGGCGCGUGUGAUACCGCGAAAAGUUUACCGUCAUCCGUAGUGAACAGUGAGAGGGAAGUGCUUCGCAAGAAACUCUUCAAGGUGGCUGCUAAAGGAGAUUUACAGGAAUUGGAUAACUUGCUUGUUCAGCAAGUGUCUUUUGGCGUACAAGACUUUGAUAAACGAACGCCACUUCACGUGGCCUGCAUGUGUGGUAAUCUCAACUGUGUAAAGUUCCUUCUUCGGCAGCCUGGUGUGGAUAUUCACGCAAGGGACCGCUGGAAAGCGUCACCGCUGUCUGAAGCUGUACAAUUCGGUCAUGAUCAGGUGGUGCAGUGUCUGUUACGUCACGGAGCGGGAUGGUGUGAAGAUGGAGUCGGGGACUUGCUCUGCAGCGCUAUAGUGAAAAACGAUGUGGAGGAGCUUCAACGCCUUGUGUCUCUUGGCGUGGAUGUGAAUGCGCCAAAUGAAGAGGGUAGCACUGCUCUUCAUGUUGCAGCUGCCGUUGGGAGUCGAGGAGUAGUACAGUACCUCACUGAUAACAAAGCUGAUAUCAACGCGGUUGACUCGCUUGGAAAUACGCCUUUGAAUUAUUCCAAUAUGCACGAGCACCGCGCAGUUAGCCAGUUACUAGAGGGUUUGGGCGCCAGGCGAUUGUCACAUCAUUACAGUAUGCACGAAGUCUGUGAAGUGGCGAGCACAGGCAACCUGCAGAUGUUGAGGCACAUGGUUCAUAAUGGUGCUACGGUGUGUUACAGGGACUUCAACAAACGGACGCCGCUUCAUGUCAGUGCAGCUGAGGGUCAUUUGGAUGUGGUUAAAUUUCUUCUUUUACAACCAGGAAUAAACAUCAAUGCCAGAGACACAAACGAUUUUUCUCCUCUUCUUGACGCCAUCGUGAAUGGCCAUCAUGGGGUGGUGCAAUACUUGAAGGCAUGUGGAGGUACCAUAAGUGAAUGCAAGUUGGCCUCUCUGAUGACAAGCGCUGCCAGCACCGGUGAUACAAGGACCAUGAAACGUUUAAUAAGAUGGGCCGGUCACGUGAACGUGUCUGACUUUAACGGACAGACCGCGCUCCACAUGGCAGCGAUGUGCGGCAGGCUCAAUGUCGUUAAUUUGUUGCUGAAGGAAGGUGCAGAUGCAACACUGGUCAAUCGUUAUGGGCAGAUUCCGUUGCAGAUAGCAACAGCUAAUGGCCAUAAAGCGGUUGAAAAGGAACUUCGGAAACAACUUAAGCUCACUGAAGAAAUUAUUCUCACCGACCAGGUUACCACAAUAACAUGCUACAGCCCUGAAGCAAGAAGGCGAGGAAGGAAAUCUAAAACUGAUCGGCCACAAUACAGUUACUCAAAGCGCCCGUCUAGGUCCUCAACAGAAAACUCCCUGGAACUCCAGCAGUAUUGCGAGCAUAGUGUUAAUAGUAUUCACACGUCUCGGGAACUAAUCAACCCGGCAAACGUACGGGCACCGUUAGAAGGAAAUGACAUCUCGCAGUUACCAAUUCUAAAUGUAAAUACACACGCAAUUUCUGGUCUUACUGCACAAGCGCGAGAGAUGACAGGGGGACAGCCAGAUUAUGUUUGAUGCUGGAGAGAAAUCGAUCGGUAAAGCGUUUUCCAAACGGAAAAAUCAAGAACCUGUGACUCCUUGAAAGUACCCCACAGGUAGUUAGGCAGCAAAGAGGAAUGUACAAGUCAAAGGCCACGAAAAAACUGCUUCUUUAUGCAAGAAGAGCUUUUGCUAGAAUUGCAUUCAAGCAAACAAGAUCCUUGCUAGGCAAUCCUCUGUUGAAACUCCCAAAGUUGAUGCGAAGGGUUCCCGAAACGUCUUAUCGAAUCAAAAAUUAGCUUGAGCGUCGAAAAGUUCACCUUCCCAUACAACCGAUGCUUUCUGACCAUCAAAACCUGCUUGCGCGAAAUUGUUCACUUUCUGACAUGUCGAGAUGUCAAGAUCCUUGAUGACCACAAAGUACAGAUAAGUUUGUCUUCUGCCCCUUAGUGGCUGUAGAAUCGAUUUGUUUAAAUGGUACAUUUUUCUUCAUUUAGUCAUCAAACAGACCUCCUGGUUCUUCAGCAUCUGAGUCAUCAACUUUUUCAUCUUUGGUUUUUUUCCUUUGGAAUUUACUUUGCCUUUCUAAAAUCUUGAAGACAGAAACAAAAUAUAAACAUUUAAAUAACAUACAAUUUACAGAAUUGAACUGACAAAAAUUCAAGGAUGAUUUUUAAAACAGAAUAUUGUUGUACAUAAUGUUUUAAAUUUAUUUAAAGGGCAAAAUCAGCUACAAAUUUUUGAAAAAAAUUUAGUUUUAGCAUCAUUGCCCUAUUUUUUAAAUUUAUAAACUGAGGGAAAAUCAGUUUUGUAUAGUAAGAGUAAUAUUUAACUUUCUUUUAUAAUUUAAAAUCUUGAUUAAUCUUUAACUCCCAAGAUCUGAUUGUUAAUUCUCCCCUCUAGGUGCUUUCUUGUAAAUUGGUUACAAGAAUUUGGUGUUAGAUCAAGGUCACAACUUCUACUUGAUAAAUUUGAAUAUUCUCAUGACCUUUUUGCCAAAUUACGUAUGGAUAUUAUACAGAGAAGUUUCAUGUUGAUCACUUCUUGGAGUUAAAGGGUUAAGGAGAUGUAGAAAACAGUUUGAAAGAAAUGAAUAAUCACUAGAACUUGACACUGAGGCAUCGCAUUGUUUCCUUAAAAGAUUUUCAUCAAAUUUGGUACAUAAAAUAUUUGGUCAAUUGGUAAAGAUGAAUUAAGGGUGUAAAUUUCUAAAGAAAUUGUAGUUUUGCAUUGGCAAAGAUUUUACAAGAUAAUUUGGUUGUAUUAACUGAGUUGAUAAUGAAAAUUGGCCACUGUAAAGAGUUUUCAUAGCUGACAUUUUGACCAUCAGCCCUUUGUUACAAGGUUAGCCCUUCCCCAUUUAUGCUGUUGAAGGGCUAACACUCAAACUGCUAGCUUUAGCAACUUGCUAUGGUGACCACUUUCCAUUAUCAACUCAGUUGGUAAAACCAAAUCAUCAGAUUAGAGAUGGUUUAGUAAGUGGUAUUACUUCAAGUAACUGGCUCUGUCUAUACGUAAUAAACAUUCAAAAGAAUUUGCAAUUGUCAAUAGCCAAAAGACAACAAAAUGCUUUAUCCUAUUCUUGAUGUUUAUUUUCUUUCAAACUGUCUUAUUUAAUACUCAGAAAUGAUUCAAUGAUGCAGAGAAGUAUAUAUCUUAAAUCUCCUAAGGAUUAUUAAAAGCAGGUAAAGUAAUUCCUCCAAUAAACUUCCUGAAAGCUCAUUAGAGCAUGAACAGUUGAUUUGGAAAGGAUUAGGAAUUUGAAAGCAAAUUUGCUUUAUUCAGAGAGGAAGAUCACCCAGUGUACCUACAUCUAUUGCAUUUUGCCAACUGCUAAAUUCGCCCAAACUAGUGACAUGUCAGCUAGUGACUAACCAUGUAUGUCUUUGGCUGUUAUUUUUAAAAAGAUUUCCUCUGCCUGAGGUACAUUUGUCUACACAAGUUUUAGAAGAUAAAGCUUUCAAUACAGUAAUGGAAAGUAA